GUCGUCGUCGGAGCACAUCAGCCAUGCCUACCACCUGCUGAUGACACGGCUCAAUGAGGAGCACGCGGAGAUGCGCUUCUCAGCCUUCCAGGUCGUGCAGGAGCUGUUCGUCAGGUCCCAUCAGUUCAGGACGCUGAUUAUCUCCAACUUCCAGGAUUUCUUGGAGCUCACAGUGGGAAUAGACCAUGAGCAGCCCCUUCCCCCACCCAGAGAGGUGGCGCAGAAGCUGAGGAAAGCUGCCAUCAAGGCAGUGCAGGACUGGCAUGAGAAGUAUGGAGAGGCUUACAAGCAGCUUUCUCUGGGAUACCACUUCCUAAAGCAGAAUAAGAAGGUGGAUUUUCAAGAUGUACAUGCCAGAACCGUGGCUGAAAGGAAGAGGGAAGAGGAGAAGCAAAAACGGUUGGAUAACAUUUACAAAGAAAAAGUCAAAAGAACUGCAAAAGAAAUGGAAGAAAUGUCCCAAGAGCUUGCUGACACACUGACAGAGAUGGAAAACUGUUUCCAGCUUCUGAUGCCAGAUCCUUUCAACUUUGCUGUAAACGAUGUGGAACUGGAACCCAACAAGCAGAUGACUGCUCAUGAGGCUAGGCCUGCAUGCCCCUUGUCCUCCCAGGUGGAAGAUAACCAGUCCUGUUUUGGGUGCAUGGAUGAUGAACAGCCAUGCUGCAGCAAGGACAUUCUCCCUGUUUCUCAGUGUGUUAGAGCUGAUGAAGACAAAGAGUUAGAUGAGAGACAGGAGAAGCCUGAGCAUGAACAGUUGGAUGGAGGCACAUGCUCCGAAGUUCAAUCCAGUGUCCCUGCUCUCAAUGACGAUGAUUACCAGACUUUUGUUAGGAACCAUGGGCUUAUUUCACAUAAAUAUACUCUAGACCUUGAAAUCUCCACAGAUAUAAAAGUGCAAGAGAAUGAAGAUAAUACUGCCAUCAUAAACAGUGUCAUGGAUGCUCACAAACUUCUCAGAAAUAAGUUCUGGCCUUCUGUGCAGUCCUGGAUUCAGUUACUUACCAGAGCAGGAAUCAAUGAUGAUCGGCUAAGAUGUGCCAUUGAGCUCAAGAAUAAAAUGGAGACUGCUAUGAAUAAAUACAAGGAAAUGAAUAUUUCUGUUAAAGCAAAAAAGAGAAAAGUGAUGAAAGCCUUGGAUGAUGAUGAUGACGACGACGAUGAGGAUGAAGAUGAAUUUGUGGAGGUCCCUGAGAAGGAAGGUUAUGAGCCCCACAUUCCAGACCACCUGCGUAAGGAAUAUGGGCUAGAACCCAAGUCACCUCCAAAAGCACUGGUGGCGAAGACAUUGACAGGAGCCGCUCCACCUAGUUCCCGCAUCCAACUCAGAGGGAAUGAAGAUGAACUUGAUCCAACCUGUGCAGCUGCCACACUGAAACUUAUUAGAGACAAGCUACCAAAGUUGCCACCUCCUCACACCAGUGAAUCUGCAACUACUGAGGCAGCAGCCUUGGAAGGUCCUGACAGUAAGAGAAGAAAACGGGAAGAAGAAAGAGCUAAAGCUCCCCUCAUGCCUUUUGGAUUAGAUCUUCACUACUGGGGAGAGGAUCAGCCAAAUGCUGGGAAGAUUCUCAAAUUUUCAUCCGAACAUCGAUUUUGGGCACCCAGUGAAGUAGAGGAAGAGGUGGAAAAUAAAGAAAUAACAGAAAUGUUAAAAACUAGAUAUAUAACAUUUGCUGGCAAGUUUGAACCAGUGAAGCAUAAAUGCCGAGCACCAAUGCCUGAUGGAAGGCUGUGUGAAAGACAAGAUCGGGUUAAGUGCCCUUUCCAUGGAAAGAUAAUUCCUCGGGAUGAUUCUGGGAUUCCUGUCAAUGCAGAGGACAGAGCCAGAGAGGAAAAGCUGCGGCUGGAGAAGCAAGCAGCCCAGCCAG